UAAUUAACACGUAGAGAGUCGUAGAGACGAAGACGAAAAGACAAAGCGAAAAAGAAAGAAAGAGAGAGAGAGAGAGAGAGAGGAGUGUCCCAAAAGCAAGGAAGAAGAACAACAUUCAAUCCUUCUCACGCAAAAAAAAAAAUUGUUUUGUCUGUCUGUGAAUUGAAUUUUGGGAUUGCUGAUUGUGAGAAUGGAGGAGAGAGAGUGCAAUAUGGAUUGCAAUGGCACUGAUGCAAAUAAAUCGAAUUCAUCAUCGUCGGCGGGGGCCAAGUUUCCAUUGACGUUUUGGGAGGUAACGGUGGCUUGCGGCGUCGUAUUGAUCUUCGUGGUAGGGCUUCUUGGGGUCUAUCUUACGAUGCCCGCAUCUGAUUACAGCUUCCUCAAGCUUCCCCGUACUCUCCAAGAUCUCCAAAUCCUCAGAGAUCACCUGGAGAGCUACACAAGUGACUACACUAUACAAGUCCUCAUGGGGUACUGCAUGGUCUACAUUUUCAUGCAGACUUUUAUGAUUCCAGGGACUGUUUUCAUGUCAUUGCUCGCCGGAGCCCUUUUUGGAGUCUUUAAAGGUGUUGCACUGGUCGUGUUCAAUGCCACUGCCGGUGCUUCUUCCUGUUAUUUCCUGUCCAAGUUGAUCGGCAGGCCCCUAGUCUUCUCUCUGUGGCCCGACAAGCUUGUAUUCUUCCAAGCACAGGUGGCUAAAAGGAGAGCACGGCUGCUGAACUAUAUGCUUUUCCUAAGAGUGACCCCGACCUUGCCAAAUACAUUCAUCAAUGUGGCUUCACCGAUAGUUGAUGUGCCUUACCAUAUUUUCUUCCUGGCAACAUUCAUCGGGCUCAUUCCGAACCUACGAAUCCAGUCCGGGCUGGAAUAGCUCUCGGGGAGUUGCGAUCGAUCGGUGACCUUUAUGACUUCCAUUCAAUAGCCACCCUGUUCCUUAUUGGGAUUGUAUCAAUUACCCCUACACUGAUGAGCAAGAACAAAUCAUAGCAGUUAUUCAGCUGAAACACACUGGGUUAACAUGGUCUCCGUGAUCUCUCCAGGCAAACUGGUUGCGUAUCACUACGUUUCUGUACAGAUUAGCAUCGAAUAAAUACAAUUUGUAGCUCUAAUUCAGCUAUAGAUUCAUCACUGCUGAAGCUGCAGCAAUUGGAGGUGGUUCAGAGAAGGUGUUGGGUCUCCAAUGAAUUCUCUUCAUUGUGUUUUAGUAGGAUGGGAAGGAAAAUAUGUCAAUAACAUUUUGGAUGGUGUCUGUGACAAUCUUCAAUGUUUAACAUUUCAUCAUUGUUGAGAAAUUCAGAUGUAAAACACUUCAAUAUGAUUUGUGUGCCAACAAAGAGAGUCAUUCUAGAAAUACAGAGUAGUCAUAAAUCAUUUGCAUUACAA